GCAAUGAUGCGCUGGCCGCUGAGAGUCGCUGCCGAUCACUCUUCGUACAAGACGUCAGGCAGUUCGCUGCUGUAAACAAAGCAGUUGCUCGAUUUCUGUUUUCCUCGCAUAUAAAUCUGCUAGUUUGGACCACAAGAUGAUUACCAAAACACACAUGCGACUUUGAAGCUGAGGCUGCCAUGACCCGGUCCACAGUCUGACUGGAAGAGAAUGGCCGCGGAGCUGUUUCCCACGAAGAAGCUGGUUCCGUCCGCCUCCGUCCAGCAGUACCAGCAGCAGAACCUGACCAACAACAACACCUCCACCAGCUGCAACUGGCAGGGCCUGUACUCCACCAUCCGGGAGAGGAACUCCGUCAUGUUCAACAACGAGAUGAUGGCUGACGUCUACUUCGUGGUCGGACCUCCGGGCGGGACACAGCGGGUUCCAGGCCACAAGUACGUCCUGGCGGUGGGCAGCUCCGUGUUCCACGCCAUGUUCUACGGCGAGCUGGCCGAGGACCAGGAGGAGAUACGCAUCCCCGACGUGGAGCCGCCGUCGUUCCUGGCCAUGUUGAAGUACAUCUACUGCGAUGAGAUCGAGCUGUGCGCCGACACGGUGCUGGCCACGCUGUACGCCGCCAAGAAGUACAUCGUCCCACACCUGGCCCGCGCCUGCGUCAACUUCCUGGAGACCAGCCUGAGCGCCAAGAAUGCCUGUGUGCUGCUGUCGCAGAGCUGCCUGUUCGAGGAGCCCGAGCUGACCCAGCGCUGCUGGGAGGUGAUCGACGCGCAGGCCGAGCUGGCGCUGCGCUCCGAGGGCUUUUGCGACAUCGACGCGGUGACGCUGGAGCGCAUCCUGCGGCGCGAGACGCUCAACGCCAAGGAGAUGGUGGUGUUCGAGGCGGCGCUGGGCUGGGCGGAGGCGGAGUGUCAGCGGCGAGAGCUGCAGCCCAGCAUCCAGAACAAGCGGCUGGUCCUGGGCAAGGCCAUCUACCUGAUCCGCGUGCCCACCAUGGCACUGGAGGACUUCGCCAACGGGGCGGCGCAGUCGGGCGUGCUGACGCUCAACGAGACCAACGACAUCUUCCUGUGGUACACGGCCGCCAACAAGCCCGAGCUCCUGUUCUGCACCAAGCCUCGCCAGGGUCUGGCGCCGCAGCGCUGCCACCGCUUCCAGUCCUGCGCCUACCGGAGCAACCAGUGGCGCUACCGCGGACGCUGCGACAGCAUCCAGUUCGCCGUGGACAAGCGCGUCUUCAUCGCCGGCUUCGGCCUGUACGGCUCCAGCUCCGGCUCGGCCGAGUACAGCGCCAAGAUGGAGCUGAAGCGGCAGGGCGUGGCCAUGGCGCAGCGCGUCAUCAAGUACUUCUCGGACGGCUCCAGCAGCACCUUUCCCGUCUGGUUCGAGUACCCGGUCCAGAUGGAGCCCGACACCUUCUACACGGCCAGCGUGGUCCUGGACGGCAACGAGCUCAGCUACUUCGGCCAGGAGGGUAUGACCGAGGUGCAGUGCGGCAAGGUCACCUUCCAGUUCCAGUGCUCCUCCGACAGCACCAACGGCACCGGCGUGCAAGGCGGACAGAUCCCAGAACUCAUCUUCUAUGCCUGAACUCCCUCUUUUCUUGGGAGCACUCGUGGACCUUCUUGCCUUAAACAUGAAGACUCCAGAGGCAACACUGGACUACACGCUUUUAUUUUGAAAGCCCCUGCGUAAAGGUGAUGUCAGUGUUGUCUGUUGAAUGUGUGCGAGGGCGACAGUGGCCUUAAUCCUGGAAAUAAAACACUCCAUCAGACACA